GCCUGAGACUGUGUGGACGAAAGCAGUGUGCGCACUAACCCGCCCUGCUGCAGCUGCUGCUGCUGCUGGCUGAGCGGAAGGCGGAAUGGCGGGGGCGGGGCCGAGGCUGAGGCUCUGGCGGGCUCUGAGGGGUCGGGUUCCCGAAGCGGCAAAAACCCUGGCGCCAGAGUUAGGCCGAGCAGAGAAACAUUGCUAAACCAAGGCCGCGCGGACUUCUCAAAGAACCGCCGCCGCUGGCGACUUGGCGCUGCAGCCAUCCCUCUUAUCUGUUUCCCGUCCUCUCCUCCGUCGCCGUUCCGCAUCCGCCGCACCAUCGAUAACAGCUAAGUGGUCAAUUCUGGGGACUUAGGGUUGGGAGUCGGGGCGGGCUCAAGGCGCGGGCAACACACGCCAGCCCGCCAUCUCCAGCGGCAACCGCCACUGCUUGCAGAUACCUCUCUGGAGCGGGAGAGAAUACUGUCAAGAGGCCCCCACUGUUCUAGUGCCCAGAGUUAGAGCGUUUCUGCCAAGCCUUAGUGAGAGUCUUGCCUUUGGGGAAAGGAGAAGGAGAACGGACAGGACAGGAUCUGUCUUUUUGGGAGAUCACGAAAAAAAGAUCUCAUACUGGAUAGCGUUGACUUUUUGUUAGUUUAAUCUAGCAAGUGGCAACGUUGCCGAGCCUCCUUAAAUCCUAGCCAUGUCGCCCCCAACAGUGCCUCCAAUGGGCGUAGAUGGCGUGUCCGCAUACCUGAUGAAGAAAAGGCACACCCACAGGAAGCAGCGGCGCAAGCCCACUUUCCUCACUCGUAGGAACAUCGUUGGCUGCCGCAUUCAACACGGCUGGAAGGAAGGCAACGAGCCUGUGGAGCAGUGGAAGGGCACCGUGCUUGAGCAGGUUUCCGUGAAGCCCACUCUCUACAUCAUCAAAUAUGAUGGCAAGGAUAGUGUGUAUGGGCUAGAACUGCACCGAGAUAAGAGAGUUUUAGCACUAGAGAUCCUUCCUGAGAGAGUGCCAACUCCUCGCAUUGAUUCGCGCCUGGCAGAUUCCCUGAUUGGCAAGGCAGUAGGUCAUGUGUUUGAGGGUGAGCACGGUACGAAAGAUGAAUGGAAGGGCAUGGUCCUGGCGCGAGCUCCUGUGAUGGACACUUGGUUUUACAUCACCUAUGAGAAAGAUCCAGUCCUUUAUAUGUACACACUGCUGGAUGACUACAAAGAUGGUGACCUGCGCAUCAUUCCAGAUUCCAGCUACUAUUUCCCUACAGCAGAACGGGAGCCUGGAGAAGUUGUCGACAGCCUUGUGGGCAAGCAGGUGGAGCACGCCAAAGAUGAUGGGUCCAAGAGAACCGGCAUUUUCAUUCAUCAAGUUGUUGCCAAGCCAUCUGUCUACUUCAUUAAGUUUGAUGAUGAUAUUCACAUUUAUGUCUAUGGUUUGGUGAAAACACCCUAAAGAUUCGUUAUACUAUUGCAGAAGUUGUGGAAUUAUUAAAUGUAAAAUAUAUUGUGUGAACUUUUGAGAACAGUUUUGGUGUCAGAGAUUAAAGAAGUUAUUAAUUACUGUGCGCCAAAUUUACAUUGACUAGUUCCACAAUUUUGUCCCAAGUAUACUUUGGUACUUUUUAUAUUACCUUGUUCUGUAAUAAAAUUUUUAAAUAGGAUGCUAAUAGAAAAUUGAAAACUGUUCAUAAAAUUUUAACAAUGGAAAAUUAGAUAAAGAAAAAUAAAUGGUGUAUACACACUGUAUCUUCCCCUCCUCCAUUUCUUUCCCUUACCAUUUUUUUUUCUCCCCAGGUAACAAAUGUUAAGAACAUAAUGUAUAUCCUUCCAUGUUUUCCCCAUUUUCCUAAAGGAAAUUUGUUGUCCUUUCUACAGAAACAGCAAGCCACAUUAUUUCUCUGUAAUUGCUUUUCUCACUUGACAUAUCCUCUGGUCAGUAACUACAGAUAUCUCUCUAUCUCUCCCAUGCCUCUGUCUCUUUUCCAUCUCCCCCUGGAAUUUAUUUCUGUAUAUGGUAUAAGAUAGAGGUCCAACUAUACAUUGUACUUAUAUUGAAUGCUUGAUUGUACCAUCACAUUUGUUAAAUGAAUCACUCAUUUCCCCUUUCCUUCUAUUUCUCCUUGUCUUCCUUCUUUCUAAUAGCUGCAUACACAGUACAUACUAUGUACCAAAAUGUACCAUUUAUGUACCAUUACAUUUUUGAUGGUCUUUUAUUUUCCUUUUUUUUUCCCACCAUAGCACUGCUACUGAUGCUUUUAUUUCUAUACAGUAGCUUCCCAGAAAUGGGACUGCUAGGUAGGUGUAUAUUUAAUUUUAAGAGAUACUACAAAAUUGCCAUCCAAAAUGAAAGUGAUCAUUUUCCAGCAUCUCCUACAGCAGCACACUUUAGUAUUUGCAAACCUGAAUGGUGAAAAAUUACAUAGUAUUGUCUCUUUAAUUGACAAACUCAAUGAGUUUUUUGUUUUUGUUUUUUACUAUUUGGACUUUUUUGUGAUUGCUAAUUCUUAUCUUUUGCUCAUUUUCUAUUGAAUAGUUGAUCUUUUCCUUAUAAAUCUGUAGUAAUUCUAAAUAUAUUUCCUAUGUCGUGCUAUUAGUCAGUUGUAGCCCACAUGUGUUAUGAUUUUCUCCAUUCUAUCAUUAAUGUUGACUUUAUUGAUAUCUUCUCUUUUUUACUGUACAGUUUUUUUUGUUGUUGUUAUUUGUUUGUUUUUUAAUUUAGAUAGAUUCCUAUCCCUUUUUAAGCUUUUGGGUUUCUUGUCUUUUUCAGCUGAAUGCUCCCACCCCUAGUCAUACAAAUAUUUACCUACAUUAUUUCCUAAUAACUAUUUGAUCCAUCAGGAAUUUAUUUUUGUGUAUGGCAUACAAUAGACGUCCAACUAUACAUUUUGUUUACAUUGUAUACCUGGUUAUGCUAUCACAUUUAUUAAAUAAAUCACCCACUUUCCAGUUUCUGAGCCAGUAUCACAUUAUUUUAAUUGUACUGGCUUGACCAUAAACUUUGGACUUUGGUAAAGCAAGUCCCCUGUCACUGGUUGUUUUUUUUUUUUUUUUUUUUUCUUUUAUGUAAUUUGUCCUAGGCAUUCAUUCUUUUGCAUGAAACUUGUCAGCAUUCUUUCCACUUUUAAAAAAAGCGUGAUGUCUUAGAAUUGUAUUACAUUUCUGCAUUUCUAUUAGAGGAUGAUUUUAAUAGUAAUAUUAAUUGUAAAUACUUGAGAAUUUUGGUACAUCAUUAAAAUCUUUUGGUUGUAUUUUUGUAAUGUUCUUCAUAUAGGUUCAUCACAUCUGAUUAAAUUUAUCUCUAAAUAUUUUUACAGUUUUUGUCACAUUUUGAAAUGUAUCUUUUCCUCCUCAUUUGUAUUUUUGGCAAUAUAUACAAACUAGAGUUAUUUUCCUUCUAUUUUCAUCUUACAAAAUCCUCUGAAUUAUACUGGGUUUUUAAAGUAGAAUAUUUGGGACUUUUUAGGUAUAGAGUCAUCUCACCUGUAAGUAAGAUCAUUUUAUUUCUUACAAUGUUUAUAUUAAUCAUUAUUAUAUUAUCUGGAUUCUCAAAAAAAUGUUGAAUGAUGAUUAUGACAGACAUGCCUGUCUUGUUAUUAAUUUUCAUGAAUUUGUCUUUAGUAUUCUCUAUUAAUAUGACAUUUGCUGUUGGUUAUUGGUAAAUAGUAACUAACCAUUAACAUGUUUAGGGAAUUUCAUCUCUUCCUGUUUUACUUAACAUUAUUACUAAAAGUGGCUCCUGAAGUUUAUCAAAUAUCUUUUCAGUGUCUAUAAAAUAGUACAAUUUUUUUCCUUUAAUUUGUUGGCAUAAUGAAUUAGAGUGGUAGGUAUUUGAUAUUGAACCAAAUUUGUGUAUCUGGAAUAAAUCCCACUUGGUCAUGGUGUAAUAAUCAUCUGAUAUAUUGCUGGAUAUUAUUAACUAAUAUUUUAUUUAGUAUUAUUGUAUUUACAUUUCAAAGUGAAAUUGUAUUUUACAAGUUUUGUUAUUAAAAUUGUGCUAGCUUUAAAAAAUGAAAUUAUGAGUUUUCAACCAUUUUACUGUUCCUAGAAUAGUUUAAAUAGCUUUAGAAUUAUUUGUUCUUUAAAAACUAGCUGGUAAUGAGCUAUAAAAACAAUCUAAUCCUGGUGACAAUUUCAGUGGUAGAUCUUUAAUCCACUUUCUUAUCUCUUCAAUGAUAAUUGAUUUAUUCAAGCUUUCUAUUAUAAAGGAAUGUAUAUUCAUCUGUGAAAUACAAAAUUUAAAGUUUUCUCUAUUACAGGCUUCUUGCUUGUAUUAUUCAGAUGCUUUAUGUCUUUGUGUGCUGUAUAUGCAUAUAUCUUAGAUAUGUUCAAUUUUGAAAACAUUGUAAUAAAACCAUCUCCAACUGU